AUGGCCAACCAACGGUUCCUCAUGAAGUUCCGCCCGCUUGUGCCACAGAUCGGCACGACGGGCACCCUUACCUUCGAGUUCAGCGACUCACAUGCAAGAGAGCUACACAGCGAGCUGGAAGCAUUUGAAGGCUUUGAAGCGUGGGCAGAGUCUCCACGGUCAUUUGCGCUCCUUUUCAUGCUGCGCGAGGGAGCCGGUAUGCAUGCCCUCUCUGCCUCCGACUUCAAUGACGAUCUGCUUCCCUUUCCCAAUGAUUCCGCCCUGCGAAGAAGCCGUGGGCUUUCCGAAUCAGACAUCAGGAACCUCAUGGUCUACCAGGACUCAUUUCUCGCGCCGUUGGCAACGGUGGAAAACUUAGAGUCCUUCAAAGCCGUUGGCCACCGGCCUAUGCGGAACGGAAACAUUCACUUCGAGGUCAACGAAAGCCUCGGCAGCUCAAAUACAGCCCGCAUCUGCCGCGUGACGCACUUGAGCUCGGGCAAGCCAUUUGCUAUCAAAUUGUUCCUGCGGAAGACGGCCGAUAUGAAGAAGGCCGACCGAAACAUACCCAGCGCAUACGAGCUCUUCAGGAAUGAGCGGAGCAAUCUCCAAAAGCUGAUGAAGUUGAAUCACAAGCAUUUGAUCACUCUCAUUGGCACCUACACGGACAAGACAUACUUUGCGCUGAUCCUUGAGCCAGCCGCCGAGUGCGACAUGGCGGUGCUCUUGGCUCUGGACAGCUCGGCAGAAAUGGCAUGCGAUCGCGACGAGAUCCUGCAGAAAUCACUUGGGUGUUUGGUCGCGGGGCUCAAAUACCUGCACGGCAAGAAGAUCCGCCACCGCGACAUCAAGCCUGGCAACAUUCUGAUCCACAACGGCUCCGUCAUCAUCUGCGACCUCGGAAUCUCGCACGACUGGUCUGACAGUACCAAGGAUUUUACCUACGGUACUGUCAACGGCCAAACAAAGAGAUACUCUGCACCAGAGGUUUUGGAAGAGGGGCCUCGUGACCUGAAGGCCGACAUAUGGUCUCUUGGAUGCGUCUUCCUCGAGAUCGUCACCGUACUCAAGCGGUGCACCCUUGACGACCUCCGCAGAUUCUUCCGGCCCGACCCGCUGGGAAGAGGCGACUACUGCGAGCACCCAGAACUGAUUCAAGGAUGGAUUGAAGAGCUUGGAAGCAGCAACGUGUCCAAUGAACCUCUGUUGUGGAUCAAAGAAAUGCUCACCGUCGCAUCUUCCGACAGGCCCUCGGCGGAGAAACUCCUCAACGACAUACAGGAGCAGUUUUUUCUCGCCGAGAGCGAAGUAAAUACAUUCAUUGGAAGAUGCUGCUUGAAUCGAAUGCGCCUUUCAGAACCGAGAAGGGUGGAAUUGAGGGGACCACAACAGAGGCAGGGACUGAGGGAACCACGACAACCCCUUUUCUCACCAGGCUGGAAUUUCGCUCCAGUACCCCAGCCGGCGGGAAGGAGCAGCUACAGAACUCCAAUUGGCGAUGCUCAGAGAAGUGCGUCGCAGCAGGAUAUCACAGUUUCUCCAGAGUAUCCAGUGGGUCCCACCAACGAGUCAAGCUGUAGUUUGUCCGACGAACAGUCGGAUCCACACAGGCCCUCUGAAAGCACGGAUGCACCGAGAUCCAGACAACACUCUAGUGUCACAUCACGAAGCAACUGUGAGAAAUACUUUGGAUAUACUUCCCAGAUCUCCCAAGCUGUAGAGUUCUCUGGCACAAAAAAGUUCUCGGCCAAGAUUUCAUCAUUCCAAGUCCUAUCCAGCCGUGAAGUUGGGAGAUGGGAAGAUCCAAUAUCCGCUGCAGGCAACUUUGUAGAUAUCUCAGAGUCUGACGACGAAGCCUUGUGGCAAAGGUACAGAUUGCUCGAGAUCAAGGCAUCAGAUGGGAGCCCCAGGGAAUCUGCUUGGUUGCCACUUCACAAACUGAGGGUCAAAUUACAGGAUGAAGAUGGUGUUGGACUUGAACUUGAAUGGUCCGACUGCAAUCACCUCUUCAAAGAACCUGCAGGGAACCACAGCUUCUUGCUUUACCGGGUCUUUGAUCCCAGCCAACCAAAUAAUCGUCUGCGCCUCCAGUUUCUGGACCGAAAAGAUGCCGAAGACGUCCGUCAGAUCUUACUGAAUCAUGACCUCUGUCACCACGAGGAAGGAAGUUCUGAAGAAAGGUGCUUCAAAGCAGACGCAAAGACUGGCGAGCACCGCUACUAUCCCUCCAGUGUCUACAUAUGCCGGCCUUCAAACCAGACUCCACACAGAACCGAGCGCAUGAUUCGCAAGGAACGACUCAUUCGCGGCUUCAGCACGUCCGACAUCUACGUCGUGCCACAAAACCACGAUAUCGUGCUCCGGGUAGAUGUAGAGCAACUAACGGCUGUAGUCAACCUGGAACAGCUUCAAGCUCCGGAUUACCACUCAGAUGUCCGGGACUUGCCGUAUGCAAACGAUGCGGAAGGACGUUUCUUUCAGGUCGUCUGCUCCGGGGCGAGACUCGCCUUGAGAUUCAAGCUCGAUGAUGGCGAUGUCACACGCCCUCCCACUGACCUGAAGGAAUUUUUGCACGGCAUGUUCGGGUGGGAACUAGUGUUCCUCGCGCCCGUAACAGCAAAGAAGCUACCGAAAUGGCGCCGCCACGACACAGAUGAAGCCAUCCUCUUGCUGUUCAACACCAACGUGGCUGCUGAAGGACUGAAAUCGCGAGCAAAAUUGGUACUGCUAUUCCACAAAGCCCGGGGAGAUCGCCCCAAGUGGUUGAUUGGAGAACCGAUGAAGAACAACGUCUGGAAAAAGGACGAGGUUGACAUGAAGAUUCGCUAUAUCUCGACAGCUGCCAACCUUGGUGAACUGCUGUCUGAGCGAAUGGAUCAAGAAACGUCCUCGUACAAGCUGGGGUUCGAGAUGGAUGAGUCUCUCCAUUCCCUAUACAAACACAUAAAUGAGCUCCAAAAAUCACCGCAACAAAUGGAGCGGAGCCAACAGAGUCGCCACGGCAGCGAAGCAGGGAGCGUUGCCCGACAACCCUCUUGA